CUGAGCGCUCUCCGGUCUCGCUACACACAGGUGCGCAUCUGGAAGUCUUGUGAUCUGUCAAGCAAAAUUAUACAGUACAAGGAACUAUAAUGGAUUACAUGACUGGAAAUCCUGUUCCUCAGCCUGCUUAUCAUUGGUCGAUGGAGGAAGUUAAAGAGUCUACCCUCUUGAUUCGGCAUCUUCCAGAAGCAAUUCCUCAUGAAACCCUUUCAAGAUUGCUUUCCAAUUAUGGGGCAACUUCUAUCCGUCCUUGUACUAGUGGCAGAAUGAGGAAUUGUGCUUUCGUGGAUUUCAAGGAUGAAGGUCUGGCACACCAAGCACAGCAACAUUUGAAUGGGGUACGGUUUCUUGGAAAAACCCUAGCGGUGGAACGAGCGACUAGAAGCACAGAUAGACAAAGGGAACAUCGGAUUGGAGAUGGCUCCGUCUCUUUGAUAAAAGAUGCUGCUGCUGCUAAAGAAUUUGGUGGAGUAUCUAGGGAAAGUCCUUACCCUGGCAGCGAACCCAUUGCUAAAAGACUUGGGAUAGAUUAUCCAUUUCCUCCUCACCUCGAAUAUGUUUACCCUCCACCUGAUGGACAUAUACUUACAAAUAUUGUAAAUGCUCUUAUUGCUGUUCCUCGGUUCUACACUCAGGUCUUGCACUUGAUGAACAAGAUGAAUAUUCCAGCACCAUUUCGUAUGGCUUUGCCAACUCCACCUCUACCAACCUCUCUGUCUGUUCCUCCGCCACCCCCUCCUCCACCUCCUCCAACAGUCUCUAAGAGUAGAAUGGAAGAUCUAUCAAGCAGUGAAUCAGAAAUGGAGUCUUCAGAUGAGGAAGCUACAAAUGUUGGUGGGCCUAAAAAGAAGCGUAUUAGACAUGAAGCUAUCUUGGGCCCUGCAGUUGACAAGGAUGUUGCCCAUGAGGCUGUUGGAUUAAGAGCUGCUGCCUUGGUUCCUAAAGAAAUGCCAGUAGUUAAGAAGAAGAACCCAAUAAUUCAGAUUAAAGUAGCAUCUAAACAGGUACAGAAUGCAGAGAAGGGUGAUGCAAGUGCACUGUCAUUGACAGUGGAAGAAAAAGAGAAUGAUCAUAAACCUUUUACGACCCUUGAAGAAUUAAAAAGUGGAAGAUUGCCCCCAGAAGAGAUACUGUCGCUUCCUAUGUUUAAGAAUUAUUGUGCUGGAAAUCCUUCUCAGAUCUUAUACUUGAAGAACUUAGCAAAAGAAGUAAUUGUUGAUGAUAUUUACUUCAUAUUUGGAUCCUUAUUUGUAAGCAUUGAUGAAGCUAAAUCCAGUCUUGCAGUGAAGUUAAUGCAGGAAGGGAGAAUGCGCGGACAAGCUUUUGUUACAUUUCCCUCCGUUGAACUUGCUCAAAAUGCCCUGAAUCUGGUGAACGGGUAUGUGUUUAAAGGCAAGCCUAUCGUCAUUCAGUUUGGUCGUGAUCCUGCUAAAGCAAAAACAAGCUAGAGAGGAUUCUUGCAACAAGGGUAGUUUAAGCCCUCAGCUCAACAUUCUACGUCAGUACAGUGAUCCCAUGUUUUGGGCGAUGAUGUUGGUAAAGAUCAUUUGAGUUAUGAGAUUGAUGGUGCCCAGGUAAUAUUAGAGGAGUCAAGCCAACAAAGAUGCUGCUGGGGGGAAGGAAGGAAAGAAGGGCUUCUAUUCUGGACUAGAGAAGGUCAAAAUUUGGGUGGGCUGUGAGGUUUUACCUUUGCAAUGGUUCACCAGAUGUCUGGAGCCAAAAUGCACAGAAGUUAUCAUGAUUUCUUCAGUGAAGCACAAUUGGUCAGCUGGAACCCGAUGAUUGUUAGUUCAUUGUUUAUAGUAUAUCUCUGGACAGUGUUGUUUCAUUGGCAAUUCACUGAAAUAGGUGAGAGGAUUCUUUGCUGUUUCAUUAGUAGUGACUGCCGGUUCAUUGCAAAUUUAGACUCCAGGAGUAAACAGUGGCAUGUUGACUAUGAACUCGUAUUUCACUAUGCAGAAUCAUUUUUGCCAUGUAAAGUAGCCUAGAUGUCUGCUUAAUUGUCAUUGUAUACGUUU